AUGGCUACUGCGGAAGAUCAAGGCGAUCAACGCCCGUAUUCGAUCCAACAGAGCUGGACUAUUUUUUGUUCUACCCCGAUCGCCGGACAGCAGGAAAAGUACGGAAAUCUGACACAGAGCUACCGAUUUCUGGAUUACCACUACUGGGGAGCAAAAGAGAGCGGGAAGUAUCCGAAGUCGAUAGCUGCUGUUGCACCGGCAGCAUAG